AACUUUUAUUUCAAUUCUUCGCAUUGUUUUUGUUUUGAAAUUUUUUUAAUAUUUAAUGCAGAUUCUAAUUUCAGAGUGACUUGCAACUUGCUUAAUACGUUUAUAGGAAAUAUUACCUAAAAUGGAAAUCUCUCAUCCUAACAUAAAGUACGAUUGGUAUCAGUCAGAUACACAUGUUGUUUUAAACAUCAUGGUGAAGCAAGUCAAACCGGAAAAUGUAAGAAUCGACCUAAUAGAUCAACAGCUCAAAUGCACAGCCAAACUUCCGGAUGAUUCAGAUUUUACAUUCUGUGUAAAUUUAUCGCACCAAGUCUAUUCUAAUGAAAUGAAGUGGAAAGUUUUUUCUACAAAGAUUGAGAUUAAACUAAAAAAGUAUGAGCCAUUAAAAUGGAAUUCACUUGAGAAAAAACAGACAGAAAACUUUUCCAGCUCAAAAGGAGGCAAUGUGGUUAAAGUGUAUCCUUCUUCUAAACCUAAGAAGAAAGAUUGGGAUAAACUGGAACAAGAACUUAAGAAUGAGGAAGCAAAUGAGAAACUGGAAGGAGAAGCAGCUCUCAAUCAACUCUUUCAAAAAAUAUAUGCAGAUGCAUCGGAUGAAACUAAAAAAGCCAUGAAUAAAUCAUUUCUUGAAUCGGGUGGUACAGUACUUAGCACAAAUUGGAAUGAAGUGGGUGAGAAAAAAGUUGAAGUAAAACCACCAGAAGGUAUGGAGUUCAAGAAAUGGGAUGAUUAGCUCAAAUUUUGUUUCUGUGUAAAUAAAAAAUAAUGUUUUUCUGUGUUGUUUUAUUUAAAUAAAGUCAUUUUGCUUUCA